CCUGGCAGGGGGACCAUGCCCGCCAACCGCCGCAGGUACCCGGGCGACGUGGGGACGGGGGUGCGGAGGGUGCCAACGGGGCUCCCUCCGGCCCCCUGCAGCGGUCGCCCACCUCUUCUGGUGCUAGCCCUGGCCCUGGCGCUGACCCAGGCCCUGCCUCUGCCCCAGGAGGCCGGCUGCCCGUCGGGCUGCCGCUGCUCGACGUCGCCCAAUGCCAGCUCGGUGGUGUGCCGGUCACUGGAGGUCCCCUCGCCCGCCCCGCUGCCCAUUUCCACCACGCACCUGUCGCUGGAGAUGGCCAACGUGUCGGAGCUGGCCGAGGGCCUGCUCCAGGGGCUGCCAGGCCUGCAGGAGCUGCACUUGGCGGGCAACCGGCUGCGGGCCCUGCCUUCGGGCUUCCUCGCCCCCGUGCCCGGCCUGCUGGUCCUGGACCUCACCAACAACGCCCUGGCCCGGCUGCCCGAAGGCCUCUUCGCCUCCGCGGGGGCCCUGACGCACCUGGCGCUGAAGGGCAACCGCCUCUCCGCCCUGCCACCCGCCUGGCAAGGGGCCCUCCGUGCCCUGCGGUGGCUCGACUUGGCGGAGAACGGGCUGAGGGAGCUGCCCGCCGCGGCCUUCCGCAACCUCAGCGCCCUCCGGGCCCUGGACCUGUCCCACAACGGCCUGUGCCAACUCCCGCCGGGCCUGCUCGACGGCCUGGCCCGGCUGGAGCGGCUGGACCUGGCCGGGAACCGGCUGCGGGCCCUGGCCGAGGCCACCUUCGCCCCCGUGCCCGGCCUGCGCUUCCUCUUCCUGCAGGGCAACCGGCUGUCCGACCUGCCGGCCGGGCUGCUGAGGCCGCUCCGGGGUCUGGACACCCUGGACUUGGCUAACAACUCCCUGGCCCGGUUGCCCCCGGGCCUGCUGGACGAGGCCCGGCGGCUGGGCGAGGAGUUCGGCCAAGGCCUCGACCUCUCCGGCAACCCCUGGCACUGCGACGAGGCCCUGGCCGGACUCUACGGCUGGAUCCGCCAACACGGCCGCCGCAUGUUUGCCCUGCGGGACACGCUCUGUGCCAGUCCAAAGGCCCGCAAGGGCAAACAGCUGGCAGAGGUGGCCACAGCCCCCUGAACCUGCCGCCAAUCAAUCAAUCAAUAAUAAUAACGGCAUUUGUUAAGCGCUUA